CUGCAGUUACAGGGAUGAAUGCAUGAACGCGAGAGAAGAAAAUGGCGAUCGAGCAGGACAAAUGUUUCCCCUCCCAGACUCUGCAAAUGUGUUGAAUUUCCACAGCCUUAUUGUUUGCUUUCAUUUCAUCUCUACUGCACUUUAAACUACAAGAGAGAAUUGGAUGCUAUUGCCACCAAAGACAUUGAAGAGAAGCAACACAGGUCAUGCCAGAACUUAUCAAAUCCAGUUUCAGCCAGCCUCAGUCUGCCAGUUAUAAUAGCAGCACCUCCACUGUUACCUGCGCCAUCAGCAAUGCCAAGAGGGCCCCAGCCAGUGGCCAGCCCCAAGCCUUGCCUCAGUACCCACUCUGUGAAGUUCCAUCGAGUGUCUGUCAGCACAAACAGAAGCAGCUGUUGAAGCGUGGGUAAUCCCUCACGGUCCUUGCAGCCACCCUGGGAACUCAAGUGCAGCUCAUCUCUAGCCAGACAGUGGAUCUUACGACUGAGAGGCCUGUCCCACACUGCACCCAAAGCCACAUCUCAGGCAUGGCUCCUAUUCGGGAUUCUGUCAGCCACUCCUCUAACCAAACAGAUUUGGAACAUGCUGGUCUGGAACCUCAGUAUGAAAAUUCACUGUGGAGCUCUGGCAGCGACUCGAACAGCAACUGGGGAAAAGUCAUUGUAGAUAAGGGACCAUGGCCCUCCAUCACUGGUAGUGACCCAGAGUUAGCCUCUGAAUGUAUGGAUGCUGACUCUGCCUCCAGCUCGGGGUCUGAAAAGAAUCUUGGUAGUAUGGCAUCUGGGAACACCUGUGGUGACAACAAUGGAAAUAGACAAGGCAGCAGUAAUUUCAUGGUUGCAAAUGGCAGCAAUAAUGUGGGUAAUGGGAGUGUUAAGGGGUCUUGGGGUAUGCCCAAUGGCUCGAUGCUAAACCCAUGUCAAGGCUCUGUGGAGGGCCCCAGCAACAAGCUGGCAGAAGGCAGCCAUGGCAAAAUAAAUGCAUGGGGCACCCAAGGUUCCUCAACCAAUGGAGGUAUAAAUCCAAGCACUUUGAACCCAAAUGCCAACCAUGGUGCCUGGCCCAUUCUUCAGAACACUGGGCCCAACCCCCAUGGGCCUGUGGGGAAUGGAAAUGGCGGCACCAACACUCAAAGCACCAUAGGUCAAACACCCAGCGUACAGAGUAUCAACUCUAAGAUGUCCUGGGAAUGCCUGCGGGAAAAUAUGUACGAAGCUGAAGUCAAUGGUACAAACAAGGUUCCAAGUGGGCAGCCUCAAAACCUUAACACUGAAUUUAAUGGACCAAAUAACACUACUAACACGAUGACCUCUAGUUUACCAAACUCUACUGGUUCAAUGCAGCUGAAUGAACAGCCCUCAGGGCACCGAGCCUGGCCUGUGAGCACAGGAGGCUCUCCUCAGCUCCCUAUUUCUACAGUCUGUAAUGGCACUUCCAUUUCUCAACAUGGCAACAGUGAGGGAAUUAACAAUGGGUCUUAUGGUACAGCAUGGGGCAUUCCGCCCUGCACUAAUUACUCUGGAGACAAAUGUCCUGUCCCUAAAGGCCAAGCUAUGGGCGACACUGUGAAUGCAACUCUAAUGCAGUCUGGAGCCAAUGGCUCCUCUGUGAGUGCUGCUUCUUUAAAGAAUAAUAAUAACAAUGGGAUGGGUGGUCAUGGAGGAGGUUGGGACUCUGCGUCCACUACCUCAAGUAUGUCUUGGGGUGCAGGUAAUGGUGUGGGCCCUGCUGCCAUCCCUCGCCCCUGGGGGAGUGCCUCCUCUUCUUCCUCUUCCUCAACCUCUUCAAACACUGGCACUAAGGUCUCAAAUUGUGAGUGGAACACUCUGCCCAGCAACAGUCAGCAUUCCAAUGAUGACACGAAUGAGAGCAGGAAGGGAACAAAUGGAUGGAAGUCCUUGGAAGAUGAUGCUCUUGGUAUAAGAAGCUGUGGACAAGCUUCCCAAGACAGCACAUGGAACAAAUCAACAGGCAGUGAAGGAAGUGGGGAGAGUUCAGUAGGUUGCAGUGACAGGGAUGGACAAUGCAACCGAAGAAGGGGUAAUCAACAGGGGAUGAUAAAUGCAGCUCUCACUAAAAUUGAUAUGGACCCCAGGGUCUUGUCCAACACAGGGUGGGGUCAAACACCAGUCCGCCAAAACAUUGCCUGGGAUGUAUCGAGCUCUGAUAAAAAGACAGGAAAUCGACAAGCUGGCUGGGCCAGUGCUCCCCCGCAGGUGUCUAAAUCGAGUGGGUGGGGAGACGGAUCCACCACCAACAGUAAUGAUCCUGGGUGGACCGAAAAGAAACUUUCAACUGGUUGGGGAGAAACCAAAGGCCCAGUUGGGCAAGGUCGGUGGGAGGAAGCCUCUUCCGUUACAAUGAACAAGGGCAGUUCCUCAUGGAAUGGUGGAAAGGAUGAGAAGUCCUCCUCUUGGAAUAACACACAGAAGGCAAAACAGGGAUGGGGUGGAAAAUCUGCUGAAGAGGGAUGGGGUGGAGAAGGCCAAAAGGGAAACCAUUGGGUAGAGCCCCAGAAAUCUGGUUCCGGUGUCUGGGACAGCGACAGUGACCGCUCUGGAUCAGUUUGGAGCGAACCUGGCCGUUGUGACACAGGCAACACCUGGGGAGGCAGUGGAGGCACCAACACUCACGACCAGUGUAGUCCAACCACAGGAUGGGGAGGACCAGCCAAGACCAAUAAUCAAAACCAAGGCUGGGGUGAGCCAAUCAAGCCAAGCUACUCCAACCCUACUUGGGGUGACUCCAUCAAACCGAACAACUCUUCAGAUUGGGGCAAAUCCCAAGAAUCCAGCAUGGGAACAUUCAGGAGUGGGAACACCCCUCAGACUGUAGCCCCUUGUCAGAACAGGCCUACAGGAUGGCUGGGAGGCCCGAUGCCUGCUGCCUCUAAAGAAGUAUCCACUGGCUGGGAAGAGCCAUCUCCUGAAUCCAUCAGGCGUAGAAUGGAGAUUGAUGAUGGUACUUCAGCAUGGGGUGAUCCCAACAAAUAUAACACUGGCAAUGUCAACAUGUGGAACAAGAAAACUGCUGGAGAGCAGGAUGGCAUGGCUACUUCCCAGCACCCACAGGCCCAAAGCUCUAUGGCUCCAAAAGAAAAGAACUGCAGCUCAGGGUGGGGAGAGACAUAUGGUGGGCCACAAAAGAAUGAGUCUUCUACGUGGAGUGAGACUGCUGGUCCACCAGUCAAAGUAGACAAUGGCACUUCUGCUUGGGGAAGGCCUGUUGAUUCAGGUUCAAGCUGGGAAGAGCCAGGGAGGGAAAACUCAGGAGGCGGUAGCUGGGGCAAUGCUGCUGUAGGACAACAAUCAAAGAACAAGUGUGUAUCCAAAUCUAUGCAAGACAACUGGUGUGGAGAUGAGAUGUCCAUGGCAGGUCACUCCAACUGGGAGGAGGAAGAGGAAGUAGAGAUCGGCAUGUGGAACAACAAUCAAUCACAGGAGACAAACCAUACUGGAAACUGGUCCUACAAGAAGAUGCCUCCCAAGCUGAAUAAAGGACCCAACAAGCAGGAUGAUUCUCCAUGGAUGAAUCAGUUUGUGAAACAGUUCAAUAACAUGUACACUAGGGAUUCUCCUGAAGCUUCCCUAAAGAGCAAUAAGAUGGAUAUGCCUGGAGGAAUGACAGAUAAGCGCAUGGAUGUUGAAAAGCAUGUUCUUAAUAUGGGAGAGUACGGAAAACAUCCUGCUUCACGCCACCAGAUCCACAAAGACUCACCCAUUGACCGUAAUCCAUAUAUGGAUAAGAAUGUAAACAUGUACGGUGUCAGUAAUGCAGCAGCACAAGGCCGGAAUGCCCAGCAGUCUCCCGCACAACCUCUGAACUCCACUCAGCCCAGUCUACGCAACCAAGUGCCUCCUCCACUACUGCCCUCUCAGGUCCCGCCACCCCGGUUGAAGUGCUCCCCUAAUAAUGGAGGUCUGAACCCUCUAUUUGGCCCACAGCAGGUGGCUAUGCUGAACCAGCUGUCCCAGCUCAACCAACUCUCUCAGCUCUCUCAGAUUAAUCAGUUACAGCGCCUCCUCCUACAGCAAAAAGCGCAAAACCAGAGGGCCAUGCCUGUUAAUAACCGACAGCAACAGGAACAGCAGGGUCGGGGUCUGGGCCCCUCCCAGCAGAUGAUCCAGCCUCCCCGCCAUAUCGAUCCCUCCCUGAUGAAGCAGCAGACCUCCCCCCAGCCACCCUCACUGCACCAGCCCAGCCUCAAGUCCUAUAUGGAGAACUUCUCGCCCCCCAAUGCCUCUGACCUGCAGAAAGAACAAAGUUCCUUGAGCUCGUUCAGUAAUUUCCCUUUAGGUGGGUGUCCUCCCCAUCUUAAUGUAGGCCAGACUGACUCAGUGUUGCACCAAGCUGCCAACCCCAACAUGAUGUUUGCUUCUGACAUGUCAGGCUAUCAGCCAUCUGGCAUUAGACAAAGUCAUAGCCUCCUAGCCCCUCCUCUGAGCAAUGGCCACAUGGUGCCAGGCUCUCCUAUCAACCCUCGGGUAGGAAAGAACUUCUGUCCCAACAGCAGCUCUCUGCCAGCAAGAGGCUUGAACUCAAACUUGAAUGUAAGCAACCUCGACAUUAGCAGUGUUGGUUUUAAGGAGCCACAGUCCCGUCUAAAGAAGUGGACUGCCAUGGAUAUUUCCGUUAACUCGCCACUUGAUCAAAACUCCAGCAAAUCUGGUGCUAUAACAUCUGGGCUAAGGCUUGAAGAUUCACCCUUUGGUCCAUAUGACUUCAUCAAUGCCAGUAAUGCUCCUAUUAGUCCUCCUGGCUCUGUUGGAGAUGGCUGGCCCAGUCGUGCCAAAUCACCUCAUGGUUCCACCAAUGUCAACUGGCCACCAGAGUUCCGUCCUGGUGAGCCUUGGAAAGGAUAUCCAAACAUUGAUCCUGAAACUGACCCAUUUGUCACUCCUGGCAGUGUGAUUAAUAAUCUCUCCAUUAAUACAGUCCGGGAUGUUGAUCACCUCAGGGACAGGAACAAUGGACCAUCCUCAUCACUUAACACCACGCUGCCUUCAAAUAGUGCCUGGACAUCCAUUCGUGCCUCCAACCACAAUAGUUCCCUCAGCAGUACAGCACAAAGCACUUCAGCCAGAAACAGUGACUCUAAAUGGUCUCAUGGUACAGUCACCAACACCUCUUUGGCUCAUGAGCUGUGGAAGGUUCCUCUCACCUCGAAAGGCAUCUGUGCUCCGUCCCGCCCCCCACCUGGCCUGACAGGCCAGAAACAGCCCUCGUCUUGGGACAACAGCUCUCUGAGACUGGCAGGCUGGGGGAACUCUGAAUCCAGAUUUACCUCUGGUUCCAGCUGGGGUGAAAGCAGCUCAGGGAGGACUAAUUGGCUUGUUCUCAAAAACCUCACACCUCAGAUUGAUGGCUCCACCUUGCAAACUCUGUGCAUGCAGCAUGGUCCACUGAUCACAUUCCAUCUGAAUCUUCCCCAUGGCAAUGCUGUUGUCUGUUACAGCUCUAAGGAGGAGGCGGCCAAAGCCCAAAAGUCACUGCACAUGUGUGUUUUAGGGAACACUACAAUUCUUGCAGAGUUUGCUAGUGAAGAGGAAAUUAAUCGUUUCUUUGCACAAGGUCAGUCAAUGACUGCCUCUCCCAGCUGGCAGACGCUGGGCACUUCUCAGAACCGGAUCGGAUCCAUCGAGGGUUCUCACCCCUUCCAGAACCGCACUGAUCCAAAUCAUUGGAACGGCAGCAGUCUGUCAGGAGCAGGCAAUGGAGACCUGCACAGCUCUUCUCUCUGGGAUUUUCCCAACUACUCCAGGAGCCUGUGGGGGAACCCUAGUGCCAGUGACGGGGGGAGAAUCAACAGCCCCUCCCCCAUCAGCUCCUUCCUUUCUGUUGACCACCUGACAGGAGGUGGGGAGUCCAUGUAGUACAUUUUUCACCUUCUGACUUAAAAACUACAAAAAACAAAACAAAAAAAACAUAUAUAUAAAAAAAAAAUACAAACCUGUGACCUCAAUGUCAAAUAGUUAAUCAUAAUCAUAUAACCAUAUAUAUAUAUAUAUAUAUAUAUAUAUAUGAAAAAUAAAAAUCAAAUGGCACUAGUUAGACUUCAAUUCAAACAAACAAAAAAACAAUGCAGGGUCACCCUGUGGAAACAAGUUACGUUCUUUUCUUCUGCACAUUUUGUCCACUUUGUUUUAGCCCACAACAUAUCAGUUUGAAAUACUUGAAUUAUGCAGGCCAAUUCUAUAAUGUGAAAGGAUGUAUUA